ACCAACGGUAGUCAAGGUGCAAGAAUUAUGCUUGUUGGCGAAGCUCCAGGAGUAAACAACGACCUUAAAGCAAGCGGAAUGCUAGAUAAGAUACUUAGUGUCGUCCAGCAGACAAUAGAAAGCUAACUCGACGACAGGUGCAGAUCAUUCGUUGAGAAUCACACCGCACUGAUUCCUCAUUUGAGUUGGACGUAUCUCAUGUUGCAGUCUUGCUGAUAACACAAAACCUAUAUCUACUUUGCGUGACAGGUUCAUAAGUAUCAGUACUAAUCCUAUUCGAUUACCACAGCUUUUAUAUUUCAUGCAGCUUACUUACUUCGUCAAUCAACGCAAAAACGUUUA